CCUCUUUUGGUGAAAUUACCAAUCAAUGGCGGCGCCCAGGGAGAUUGUUUCGUAACUUAUUUCGGCUCUCCUUUUUGGCUUAUUUACUUCAUUUUAAACCGACAGGCAACAGUUUCCAGUUUUUACUUCUGAAUUCAAGAAGUAAACAAGAGUGAAGUCACCAUGUAUGUUUCCCAUCUACGUUCAAUAACUUGCUCCAUUUGCCGAACCUGUCAUCUUCAUAAAGCCACAAGUAGAACCUCCCUAGUAGCGAGACCUGCCAGCUCACAGGCAACGACCAGUGCUCUGCUGGAUCGCAUUAUCCGAGUCGAUCACGCUGGAGAAUUAGGGGCAGAUAGAAUCUAUGCUGGUCAAAUGGCUGUGUUGGGUAAAACUGCAGUGGGACCCGUCAUACAGGAAAUGUGGGACCAGGAGAAGCAUCACAGGGAAACAUUUGAACGUUUGAUCCCAGAGCAUCGAGUCAGACCAACAGUUUUACUUCCAAUCUGGAAUAUUGCUGGCUUUGCUUUAGGUGCUGGUACAGCUCUAUUGGGGAAGGAAGGAGCAAUGGCAUGUACAGUGGCUGUAGAGGAGACUAUCGGUGGACACUACAAUAAACAAAUCCGACAACUUCUUGAAGAUGAUCCUGUAAAGCAUGCAGAGUUAUUGAAGACUAUCCAACAAUUUAGAGAUGAAGAAUUAGAACACCUGGAUAAGGGGCUGGAGCACGAUGCUGAACAGGCUCCGAUGUACUCUGCACUCUCUAACGUCAUCAAAGCUGGAUGCUCAGCUGCAAUCUGGCUCUCGGAGAGGAUAUGACACUACAAUUAAAACACUCAAGGAUUUAUUUAUUGGAAAGCUAGCAAGGACAUUGAACACCCUAGGGACUCUUCGUCACUUUUCAAAAUUAUUUUCAGUUAUUUUUUUUUCUUUGGAUAUGCUCCAAGCAUGACUUUUUCAGUCGACUCAACGGGACCAAUUUCAUAGAGCUGCUUAAGCAGAAAAUAUUGCUCACAAACUUUCUGCUAAGCAAAAGUAAGCAGUAUG